UGGAUUUCCAAGGAAACCCGUUCAUCGUCCUCUUCCCUCUCCGGCCCAACCCACCAGCACUUCGGCUCAUCUCUCUUCCCCUGGCUCUGUCUCGCCGUCGAGAUGCUUCGGAGCCCAGCCGCCGCUCUGCUCCGCCGCCUGGCCACUCGCCUCUCCGACGGCGGUGUGGGCGCCGGCUCACCCACUCGUAGGAUUCUCCCUCCUCCCAUAGCCCCCUCCGUCCUCGCCCGCUUCUCGUCCACGCCGACUUCCUCGCCGCCACCGUCCUCUGUCGGCGCCCGCGACGAGGAGGCGGAGGAUGACGAGCUCCAGGGAGCACCCGGAGAUGCCGGCGCCAAGCUCAGCAUCUCUGUGGACCGCUCCGGCCUCUACACUCCCCCAGAACACUCGCACGAGCCAUCGUCCGACUCUGAGCUUGUCAACCACCUUAAGAGCAUUAUAAAGUUCCGGAGUGGGCCAAUUAGCGUAGCUGAAUACAUGGAGGAGGUGCUUACGAACCCACAAUCUGGGUACUACAUGAACCGUGAUGUGUUUGGGGAGUCUGGAGAUUUCAUCACCUCACCGGAGGUUAGCCAGAUGUUUGGAGAGCUGAUUGGGGUGUGGGCGAUGUGCCUGUGGGAGCAAAUGGGGCAACCAGAGAAGGUGAAUUUGAUCGAGCUUGGCCCAGGACGAGGAACUCUCUUGGCAGAUUUACUUCGUGGCUCGGCAAAGUUUGUUAAUUUCACUAAGGCACUGAGCAUUAACUUAGUAGAAUGUAGCCCUACAUUGCAAAAGGUGCAGUACAAUACUCUGAAAUGUGAAGACGAACCUGAUGGCGAUGAAAAAAGAACAGUUAGCAAGCUUUGUGGAGCCCCUGUUUAUUGGCAUGCCUCCCUCGAACAGGUUCCUUCAGGAUCGCCCACCAUAAUUCUUGCUCAUGAAUUCUUUGAUGCCUUGCCAAUCCAUCAAUUUCAGAAAGCCUCACGUGGCUGGUGCGAAAAGAUGGUUGAUCACACAGAAGGCUCAUCGUUUCGCUUUGUUCUAUCUCCGCAGCCUACAGCCUCUUUACUUUUCCUGUCCAAACGUUGUCAAUGGGCUAGUUCUGAGGAACUUGAGAAGGUCGAGCAAAUUGAAGUCUGCCCGAAAGCAAUGGAGAUCACCGAACAGAUUGCUGAUAGAAUUAGCUCAGAUGGUGGAGGUGCUCUAAUCAUUGACUAUGGCAAAAAUGGAAUAGUCUCUGAUAGCCUUCAGGCAAUCCGCAAACACAAGUUUGUCCACAUAUUAGACGACCCUGGUUCUGCUGAUCUCAGCGCCUAUGUUGAUUUUGCUUCAAUCAGGCACUCUGCUGAAGAAGUUUCAGAUGAUAUUUCUGUCCAUGGGCCAAUGACUCAGUCCCAGUUGUUGGGUUCUCUUGGCAUCAAUUUCCGGGUCGAAGCCCUUAUGCAAAACUGUGACGAGAAGCAGGCUGAGUCUCUGAGAACAGGCUACUGGCGACUAGUCGGAGAUGGGGAAGCUCCAUUCUGGGAAGGUCCUGAUGACCAGACGCCUAUUGGCAUGGGAACAAGGUACUUGGCCAUGGCCAUUGUCAACAAGAAGCAAGGCCCGCCUGUUCCAUUCGAGUGAAAAGCGGUAAUACUUUUCAUCCUGUAAUCUCUGCACCAGUGAUAAAAUAACAAGAUUGUCUGCAACUCCUGUUGCACGGCCGAGUAAUUUUGAUAAUAUAGACAGUGCAGUUGAGACAAGGCUGGUUUGUGUCUAUUUUCUUGUAAUGUGGACAUAGGAUCAACUUUUUAAAACGUGUACUACUAGCUGAAUACAAAAAAUGUAUUGGGUGGAUCUCUUGUAUAUUAUUUUGGUGGCUGUUUUUGGCGGCCUCUUGCUGCA